UUAUGGUUCACGUGUUAGGUCAAUAUUUUAUCAUGUAUUUUAUCUCUGUUCUGCUGUGGUUCUGCAUUAUGGUUCUGCAUGGCUUCUGCACAUGAGCUGACAUGAGACAGUGGGAUUGCGCAGUGCCGCAGUGCGCAGUUAAGAUAUAUUUUUUUCAUGGCUGGAUGGGAUGGCUGCGGGGCAAACUGGCGGCUGUCUGGCGAUAUGUAUAACUAUUAAAUUAUUGUUUUUUAUUCAGAUUGAGUUGGAUUGAGUUCAAUACAUUCAAUAUAUCUGAACACUAAAUAGAGUAAAUAUACGGUCUUGUCACUUCACAGUAUAGUUGUACACUGCGCAUUUUUAUGUAUCAGUGUUGAUCAGUGUCAGUCUGUUUAGUGUUCUAUUCAAAAUUAAUUUUUAUAUUUUAUUUUAAUUGAAUAAUAAUGUAUUAAUUAGGUAUAUCGAGAAUGGACUUAAUUUAAUACGAUAGGAAGGAGUUAUAAAUAUAUAGACAAAUUGCAAUAUUUGCAAAUUAUAAAUAUGGCUUGGUAUGGGAUAAUUCUAUUUUCAAUUAUGUUUUGUUGCAAUGCAUCCUAUGGGACAUCUCAGAUUAUGUGUGCUCAUACCCAGGGUAGUAUUGAACAUCUAAGUGAAGAUGAAACUGAUUCUUUGGAUUCCAUUUCGCUUGGGAACUCUUAUGUAAAGUGUGAUAGCUACUGUUUUACAGUAUGGCUAGUUGAUGGAAAUAAUGAGUCUAAAAUCAUGGGGCAAGGCUGUUGGUCACUCUCUGGUAAUCCCAAUGAAUGCGACAAAUCCGAAUGUCUUGCUGACAAACCACCAUCUAGGGCCAAAAAUAACACUAAAUUUUGCUGUUGUUCUGGCAAUAUGUGUAAUAGAAACUAUUCUGAUGUCUAUAUUCCAAUAUCUGAUCCGCCUCCCAUGGAAAAUGAUCCCAAUAAAAAAGAUACUGUGAAUCCACUAAUUUGGUUGAUCAUUGGAGUCAUUUUUAGUAUCGUGGCGUUCAUUAUUGGAGGAGUGUCGUACUAUUUUUGGAAAAAAAAGCCAAAGAAGAGUGAUGUUGAAAAUAGCUUAUCUAUGCCACCUCCUCCUGAUUACAGUUUGGAUAAGUUAAAACUGGUUAAUAUUAUCGGACAAGGAAGAUACGGUUGUGUUUGGCGCGGAAUCAUCGAUGAUCAAGAAUUGGCCGUAAAAAUUUUCCCUGGUCACAACCGAAAUUAUUUCUUCAACGAACAUGAAAUUUAUAAAGUAGUUGGUGAAAAUUCUGCUGUAUUGAAAUGUUUCGGAGGUGGGGAAUUUGUCAGAAUUCAAGGCCAUCCAGAUUAUGUUUUACUGCUUAGCCUUGAACGGGACAGCUUACAAGAAUACUUGAAACAUAACACUCUAGACCUAAGCACACUCAGUAGAAUGAGCUUGGACAUAGCUAAAGGAAUAGCUCAUCUGCACAGCGAUCUGGGAAAACCUUGCAUUGCGCAUAGAGAUAUUAAUUCCAAAAAUAUUUUGGUUAGGCAAGAUUUGUCCUGUUGUAUAUGCGAUUUAGGAUUGGCCGUUAUACCAAGGAGAGCUGAAAAUAAGGCGUUAAGUGAAGCAGGUACUUUGAGAUAUAUGGCACCAGAAGUGCUAGAGGGUGCUGUUAAUUUACGUGAUUGUGAAAGCGCUCUCAAACAAAUUGACGUUUAUGCAAUGGGUCUAGUUUUAUGGGAAUUAGGAACUAGAUGCACUGACAUGCAGAAUGCUGAACCACAGGCCUAUGCUCUACCGUUCUUCAAAGAAACCGGAGAAAAUCCAACAUUGGAAUUAAUGCAAAACUUAGUUAGUAGAAGAAAAAUCAGACCACUUUGGCCUGUAUCAUGGAAAGACACGGCGGCAGCAAGAUUGUUGUGUGAAACUGCUGAAGAUUGUUGGGAUCAGGAUGCCGAAGCUCGUUUAACCUCCUUAUGUGUGGUUGAAAGGUUUUUAGAACUUCCAAAUUUGAAAGGGCGCAUUUUACAUCCUAUGCAUCCUCCAGCAAGCCCAACACCAUUAAUCAACAAUAACCACCUGCAUGACCACCAAGUUGAUAAUUCUGCUGCUACUAUUGAGACGCUUCUAUCACCAUCUGCAGAUGAAUACUGUAAAAAUUCCAAUCAACUUGCUGCUUGUAUUCUGCCCUUGCAACCUUACCAAGGACGAAACCCUUGUUUGGAAAGAAAUCUUCUUACUGGAUCCAGCGAUAGUCUUUUGAUAGAUAAAUCAUCAAAACAUUGUACUUCAUCGGAAUCGCAUAAUUUACUUACCAAUGAAUUUUUAAAUUAUCAAGUUAAUCAUCGAGUAAACCCGAUUCCGUAUGUACAAAAUGCUGUAUAUGGCUUUCCAAAACAACAAAACACUGCUCAAGCUGUCCCUCAGGUUAAUAGGAGAAACAAAUUCAAAUGGAGUAAUUUUAAAAAACUACUUUAUUCAAAAAAGUACUCUGAUAGUGGUAAUGUUCAUAAAGAAACGCAAGUUAAAUUAAAGACUAAAAUUUCUAACAACCAUAAUCAGCCUGAAGUGACAACAUCUUUAUUGACCGAGACUGAAGUAAGAAGACCUUGUACUUUGGGUCUAUCACUUGCUAAACCUCAGGAAUUUACUAAUAACAGUGGAGUAGCACAAAUUGUAAAGCGGAAAAACAGCUUAUCACGCCAGAGGUCUUUGGAACAAUUUACGGAGGUGUUCUCAUCCACGUCUGACCUGUCAAGGUUAAAAGAUCCUUCUCAAAGAGUAAAAACUCCUGGUGAUGUUCCGCCAUCUGUCAGGAAAACAAGAGGAAAGGCCGCAACCGAUUCCGCAAGAUUUUCCUUAUACGACGAUCGAAUGAUGACCAGGGGACAAUGGGGCAGUGCCCCCGAUUUGGAUCCUCCAGUCCAUCUAACUCAACCUCAGAUAAAUCAAGAGAAUAGCGCCAGUGUGAGUAGUUUUUAAAAUUUACAAAUUUCGAAGAUACAUGUUAUCAUUUAUGUAUAGUCUGUACAACGAUCGGUCAACAUUACGUUAUGAUUAUUCUCUAAUAUCAGUUUUAAGGUGUGCCUGAGAUUAGUUUAUAUUGUUUAGAAAAUUUCAGGUACAUUCUGAAAUUAGUAUAAGAGCACGUUCUGAUUUUAUUAAUUUCAAGUAGGUAUGUUUGGCGCAUAUUAAUUUUGGUCGUGUUAUUAAUAAUAAAUUAAUUUUAGGCAUAUGCCAGUUUUAGUAAAACAAACAUUUUAGUAUCAAACCAAUUUGAAUUUUCUUUGAACACGUAAUAGGUUUUUAAUUUUGACAUUGAUUGACAUCCGUGGACAGUAAUGUAACCACAAAGGUGAAAUGACUAGAAACAAUGAUGUUCAUCUCAUUUUUAGGCGAAAGAAAGAGUAUGACAAUUGACGUACCAUCGAACGAUGGUUGUACAGACUUACAUACUAAAACUGUCAACAAUAAGCUUAACAAAAUUAAUAUAGGGUAUAUAUUCAAUCACAUGUAAAUGUGACAAUGUUGCCAUAUAUUUAACUCUUUGUAUGUGACAAAUUUAUGACCUAAUAUGAAAAAAUAGAAUAUUUAGGGUUUUUGUUUUAAAAUUAUGUCCUUUUUAUGGGUCUUGGGGCGGAGGUGUUCUAACAUAGAAUCCCCUUAUGGACAAGCUGUUUCCUAAUGGUAAAAUGGUAUAUGAAAUAAGGAAAAAUAAACCAUGUAUAUAACAUCUAGAAGAUUAAAAGUUCUGACAGAAUGUAAUCUUACUUGGAACUUUCCGUAUCAUAUGAUUAGUUAUAUUUUGCACACCACCUCAUUAAUUUGCAAA